AUGGGACAACGGAUCUAUACAGAGAAAUUUGGGUUACCUUCUGAGGAUAUUCAACUUCCUGGUUCUGACAAAUGUUUACCCUAUGUUAUAGUUGGAGAUGAGGCAUUCAGGUUACAUAAACGUAUUAUGAAACCUUUUAAUAGAGCACAAGCUAAAGCCGAUUUCGAAAAAAGUGUUUUUAAUUAUCGUUUAUCUCGUGCUAGGAGAGUUUCUGAAAAUGCAUUUGGUUUGUUAAGCCAAAUUUUUAGAGUAUUUUAUACACCGAUCGCAAUUAAACCAGAAACAUGCGAUUUAUUAAUUACAGCCACAUGUUGCUUGCAUAAUUUAAUUCGCGAUGGAUACGAAGAAAUAAAUACACAAAUCGUACAUGAAGAAUUAACCAACACGCAAACAACUAUGCGACCAUUGGCAAGAUUUGGAGGAUAUGGAAACGUGGAAGGUUUUGAAGUACGAGAUGCCUUCAAAUGUUUCUUCAACGGAGAAGGCAAAGUGAAUUGGCAGAACCAUGUAGUUUCGAGAAUCUAA